AGAAUGGCGUUCACAUUCGCCGCAUUUUGUUAUCUCCUGGCGUUAAUUGCUGUCGGAUUCUGCAUCUUCUUCGCGAUAUACACUGUUAUCUGCGUUGACGAAUUGCGUACAGACUACAAGAAUCCCAUCGAACAAUGCCGAAACUUGAACCAACUCAUCCUCCCAGAAUACAUUAUCCAUGGAACGUUCACCGUAUUGUUCAUCUUCAGUUGGCAACUUAUAUCGAUUCUCGCGAAUCUUCCACUUGCCUUCUACCACAUUUACACAUACGCCAAACGCCCAGUGAUGUCUGGACCAGGAAUCUAUGAUCCAACUACUAUUCUCAACCGUUCCACCCUUUCUUCAACUCUCCGCAUCUCAUGGAUCAAGCUUGCAUUCUAUCUUGUCUCCUUCUUCUAUUAUCUCUAUGCCAUGAUCUACACGUUGGUCACUUCAAAUUAGAUUUUCCGAUGAUGCUUCCAACUUAAAUCUCUUGUCAAAUACACCAAUCUUAAUUGUUUUUUCCCUACAGGCCAUCUUAUUUAUUGAAUCAUACAGUACGGUUCGUACAUUCUCUUCUAAAUCCUAUUUUCUUUAUCAGUUGAAUAAACCGUUCUUUCAAGU